UCGGAGCUCGGACUUUCGAGCGGGUGGAAUUCCACCCGCUCCCAUUGAGCGUUAAACGGGGUGAAUUUCACCCCGUUUGAUGCUGUUUUACUCGGGCGGGUGAAAUUUCACCCGCCCGUACGAUUUUUUCGGAAAAAUCCGAAUUCAACCGGUGCAUCAAACGCACCCUUAGUAUAUCGAUACAAGGGCGCCCUCUUCGAAUCAUUUGAUUCAUUCGAAGCAACUGAGUAUCACAUGAAUGAGUAUCUCCACAACAAGUAUGAUGUGUAAGUACGUAGGCAUCCAGUCAUUGAAAAUGUCAAUGCAAAGCAAGAAAUAGAAGACAAGUUUGUUGAACGAAAGUGCAGCCACAAAUGUUGGAUUAUUUGUUUUGUGAUUACCUGUUUUUAUUGUUGGAUAUGUACUCAUUAAACUUAUAUUUUGGAUGAGAAUCCACGCUUUUGUUGACGUUUUAUAACUUUCAUACAGGUUUAACUAUAUGGUUCUAACUUCUAUUUGGUUAACUACAUUGAACUUGUGGAUAUCAUAGUUGUAACUAUGUUAUUUUUUUUUUCUACCUUAAAUUUUUUUGGUACUGCGUGCUUAAUGAGUAGGUGUAAACCUCAACAAUUUGUUGUUUUGAAAUAUUAUCUUUCAAUUUGUUCCCACGUAAAAUUGGGAAGAAGAAGAAAAAAAAACAACAACUACUAACAAUCCUCAAAAAAAAUAUUUCAAAUUUUCUAUCUUAUACAUCAAACAGGGUUAACCCUUCAAAAAAACUAUAAUUUUACCAUGUUAAAUUCUACCUAGUUAUCAAACAGGACCUCAGAUUGGAAGAAACAACAAUUUCAUAAUUUUUUCAAAAAAAAUUACCAUGAUAAAUUGACGUUAAAUGUUUUCAUAGCAUCAAACGAACCGUAAGUGAGAUCAUGGCGACAAGUCAUUCUGCAACAAAUAAAGAUUUUGUGUGAUGUGCCUCAAGUGGUAUGUGAUGGUAGGAAAACGUUUUAAUAGAAAUAAAGUAAGUCUCUUAAAUUGAAAUUAGAAGAUGCGUUUCAGACACUCCGCCUACCUUUCAAGUGGUAUGUGAUGGUAGGAAAACGUUUUAAUAGAAAUAAAGUAAGUCUCUUAAAUUGAAAUUAGAAGAUGCGUUUCAGACACUCCGUUUCAGACACUCCGCCUACCUUUUCUGUACUUUUCAGGAACUCUGUUUUCUGUUUUCGGCUUCUGCAAUACCUUUCAAUGGUUGAAGCAUUGAAGCAUAUCUGAUGAUGAGGGUCCAAGGGAACCUUUUUACAGAAAGACGCUCUAGUUUGGUGGUAGCUAGCUUUCACUUCACAAGGAUCUUUGCUCAGAAUUUCUUGCUCCACAAGGAAUUGGGGAUGCAUCUGAUGGAUCUCUAGUAUCUAACUGCUUCUUCCUUUCUCUAAUCUUGAAUACCAUCGUCAUCUUUUGGGCUACUGAUAAAUGAAAUGGCUGCAACGUCGUCUUCAGAGGAGGGCAGAGGGUUUGAGUAUGAUGUGUUUCUCAGCUUCAGAGGGGAAGACACCCGCAAGGGCUUCACAGGGCAUCUGUACUACGCCAUGGAAGAGAGAGGCAUACGCACCUUUAUGGAUGACGAGAAGCUCGACAAGGGGGAGAGCAUCAAGCAGCUGCUUGGCUGCAUCGAGAAAUCCAAGAUCUUUGUGCCCAUCUUCUCGAAGCGAUAUGCAGAAUCCAGGUGGUGCCUUAUGGAGGUCGCCAAGAUGGUUCAGUGCCAAAGGCUGAUCAUUCCCGUUUUCUUCGAUGUGAAGCCCACCCAUGUUAGGAAUCAGAGCGGACCAUUUGAAGCUGCAUUCGAAAGCCAUGAAAACAACAAGCACCUAAGCAAGAAGACCCUGCAGGCGUGGAGGGAUGCAUUGAGAACGGUAGGGGAGAUUUCUGGAUAUGUCCUUGAAACAGACACGGAUGGGCAUGAAGCUAAGCUGAACCAAGUUAUUAUUAGGAGGAUUCUAAGUGAGCUGAACAAAGCAUUUUUUUAUGUGGCUAAGCAUCCUGUUGGGAUGGAUGAUUCUAUCAAAGAAAUGUUGAGUUUGUUGGAUAUUGAAAAAAAUGAUGUUAGAAUGAUCGGGAUUAAUGGCAUAGGUGGCAUUGGGAAAACAACCCUGGCAAAGGCCGUUUUUAAUAGAAUUUCCACGAGCUUUCAAUUUGUCAGCUUUAUUUCAAAUGUAAGAGAAGUAUCUAACCAAGUUGGUGGGCUUGUCUCCCUGCAAAAGCAGCUUAUUUUGGAUGUUACAAAGGACAGUGACCCACGUAUAGAUGAUGAAAGUCAGGCGUGCAGCAGGAUCAAGGAACUCAUUUGCAAAAAAAGUGUUCUUCUUGUGCUUGAUGAUGUUGAUGAUAGAAAACAGCUUAAUGCUUUAGCUGAUAGUGAAGAAUGGUUUGGUCCAAAAAGCAGGAUCAUUGUCACUACCAGAUACGACCAUGUAUUGAAAGAAAGAAGAAUGAGCAAGCAAGAGAUUUACCAAAUGAAAGAAUUGAAUAAAAAAGAGUCACUUGAGCUCUUCAGUUACCAUGCUUUUGGAGAAAAGAAACCAACAGAGAAGUACCAGAAGUUAUCUGAGAAGGUUGUAUCAACGACUAAUGGUAUACCACUGAUGCUCGAAGUAUUUGGUGCUCUGUUCUUUGGAAUAGAUUGUGCAGAGGAGUGGGAAGGUUUACUAGAAGAACUAAACAAGAACCAGGAUAAGGAUGUCCAUGAAAGGCUAAGGAUAAGUUAUGAUGGGCUGUCUGAAAAAGAAAAGCAAGUAUAUUUGGAUAUUGUUUGCUUCUUUAGUGGAAAGGAUAAAGACGAAGCAUUCUAUGUAUGGAAAGAUUGUAACUUCUCCCCCUAUACGUCUGUUCAGACUCUACUUCGCAGAUCCUUAAUUAAGAUUAGUAGUGACAAACAAGUGUUUGAAUUGCAUGAUCAAAUACUAGAUAUGGGCAAAGAGAUCAUUCGGCGAGAAUGUCUUUUGAAGCCAAGCAAGCGUAGCAGGCUGUGGGAUAGUCUCAGCAUACCUGAGGGUAAAGCCCCUGAGGAUCCCUGCUCAUGGAGAGCAGUUGCAGCUUCACACAUUGCAACAAGUACAUUGGUGGAUUUCAAAUUUGCAGCAUCCCUUCUGCUUGGUGAUGUUCAGACAUUUUCCAUAUCAAAUGAGCAUGACCCUCCUCAGGGAGCAGAGAAUAUACAAGUUAUCUAUUUCAACUAUUUAACCAGGUGGGAAAAAUUUAGCACCAGGGAUUUUGUAUUGAUGUGUAAUCUGAGACUGCUUUAUCUCAACCACAUCAGUUUCCACGAGAAAGACUUCACUCAUCUCCCCAAUAAGUUAAAAUGGCUGGAAUGGCAUUGGUGCCCUUUGAAGUCUCUAUCAUUUAAUGAGUUUAAUCUGAUGGAGCUUGUUGUGCUGAAGCUAUGCCAUGGCGAUUUCCGGCAGGUGCUGACAAAGCAUAAUUUGCAAAUAGUAAACAAGAAGUUGGACAGUUUGAAGGUUCUUGAUCUCUCUUAUUGUCUGUAUAUUAUCACAACACCAGAUUUUGCUAGUCUUCCCAACCUGGUGAAGUUGGUAUUGGAUGGAUGUGACAGCUUAUCCGAAGUUGAUAGAUCGAUUGGAAAUCUUAAAGAGUUGGUUACUUUAAGUAUGAAAGGGUGUGGAUCACUGAUGGAACUGCCAGACAGCAUCUGCAAGUUGAGUUCUCUUGAAAACCUGAGUCUUGAUCAUUGUAGGAAUAUUUCCACAUUGCCAAAACUACUGGGAAACUUGAUGUCAUUGAGGAAGCUUUCUCUGGUCUGGUGCACUUUAUUGAAAGAACUGCCAGAAUCAAUCGGAAAGAUGACAUCUUUGGAAGAGCUCAUCCUUGAAGAUUCAUGGAUGUUGAAAAAGAUACCUGAUUCAAUUGGGACUCUGAACAAGUUACAGCACCUAUCAGUAAAAGGCUGCACAUCACUUGAAGAAGUGCCCGAUUCCAUUGGAGGAUUGGUAUCUUUGGAAAUACUCAUUCUUGAUUACUGUACUAACAUAAAAGUGCUCCCUAGUUCAAUAGGAAACUUAAAGAACCUCUAUAAACUGUCUUUAAACUACUGUCCAUCAUUAGAAGAACUAUCAUGUUCCAUCGGGAAGUUGCAAUCCUUGAAAGAGCUCCUCCUCGAUGGGUGUCAAAUAAGAAAGGUGCCAUAUUCUGUAGGAAGCCUAAAGAAGCUCUAUAGACUAUCUCUAGCACACUGUCUGUCUCUGGAAGAAGUGCCAGACUCAAUCGGUGAGUUGGAGUCACUAGAGGAACUUAUCCUCACGUUUGGAAAAAAUGACGCCAUGCCUGAUUGGAUUGGAAACUUGAGGGCUUUAGACAUUCUCAUUCUUGAUGGUUCUGCAUCAUUGAGAAGACUGUCUGAUUCAAUUGGGGAAUUGACCAAUCUCAGGCUUUUGUCUUUAGAAGAGAGCAGAUCACUAGAACAACUACCUUCAAGUAUUGGUAGUCUUUGCCGGCUCGAACAACUUAUCUUAAAUGGCUGUCAAAAGCUCCAAUCCAUCCCCCUACUUCCUUCCACCCUAGUUGCUCUCGAAGCCAAUGGUUGUGUUGCAUUGGAGACUGUGUGUGAUGUUUCAGACUUGCUUGUUUUGAAGGAACUUCACCUAGACGAGUGCACUAGACUUGUUGAGAUUGCUGGGCUCGAGAACCUGAAAUCCUUAAGUGUCUUACGCCUCUGGGGGUGCAAACACCUUAGUAAUCAUCUUAUGGUGAGGCUCUUUAUGGCCACAUAUGAACAUUUGGAGAAGCUGGUCCUCUCUGGUUCUCAGACACAUGAUGGGCAUCUGCUGUUUGGAUUACCAAGAGGCCCUGCAGGAAAUCCCUUGCUUAUUGAGGGUUUUUCUGUAUCAAUAGAUGGCAAUAGUGGGACUACUAUGCAAAUAGAGGUCAUGUCAAGUAGUGAGACUGUUUUCAAGAUCGAGUGGGAUGAGGAGUCCAUAUCUCAUGAUGAAAUAGACGGCGGCACGUACACAAUUCUUUUCAAAAUGGAAGAUGAGAUCCAAACGCAUUUGGAAGGUGGUCACAGAAUGGUGAAGGUUUCAACAACAGCCAGUGGUGAUAGUCUAACAUGGGGCGGUGCUAUCUUUUCAAUCUAAUACUUCCCAUGGUUGGUGAGUCUGAAUGUCCACCAGACCAUCAUCAUGUUGCCAAAAUCUGUCUGGAAGAUGAGAACAAAUCUGAUCAUCUGCUAAAUCAUCCCUUAAGAUAGAAAGGUUACAGAUCUUACAUCUGCAGCAGUUGAGCACAUCAAGCUACUUCAAAACAAGUGGUGGGAAGUGGGCACCAGCAAAUGAUCACAGUAUUAUUGGUUUCUCCAUCACCGCCCACGAUAAAAAAAGUACACGAUGGAAGUUGUUGGAUCUCGUUGAGAACACGACUUGGCGUAUUGAAAGUUCUGGCCUCUUAUGAAUGAUUUACUGACCAAUACAAAUAGUUGAAAUCAAUGCUAACAAAAUAAAAAAAAAAAAAGUAAAAUUUGCCA